AUGGACCAGUUUGGUAAUUUCAGAUGCAGAGGAAACUGUGGGAAAACAUACAAAACCAAACAAGGUAGAAACAGGUAUGUGAAAUUAAUGAAAUGUAUGGGCUUCCAUAAACCUCUGCAAGUACAAGCAACUGUUGGUUAUUUGUAAAGAUGGUUAGGCAUUUAUAAGUGGCCUAUUGUAUUUCAAGACAUGAGAGACAAAUACACCCUGACUUGCCUACCUCAAGUUCUGAGGAGAUGACAACUGAAAAUGAGCAGAGUGAGUAGGAGACUUCACAAGAGGACUACAAAAGGAACUACCACACCGCCCGACUGACAUUUGGCUUAUUUAUCAUGCUGUUCACUGAUGCAGUAAAAGAAGGGGAUCCAAGAAGACUACUGCAUUCUAUUAAAAUUGCUCUCCUAUUUCUUUUCACAUAUGGUCGGGUGAAAUAUGCCCAUGUUGUGCUUUUCUUUCUAGCCAAAUUUUAUGCAAUACUCUCCCCUGGCAUGGCAUUUGAGCUCAUUCAUAACAGAUUUUUUAAUGCACUGGGAAAAACUGGGGUCAACAUGCCACUUGACUUAAGGAUGGCACACCUCAAUAAAUUACUGAAGACCGCUUUAAAACAGCUUGGUGAUAGGAAAUUUUGGUGUACUAUCGUUCUUGCAAAUGUAAGUGAAUCGGCUGCGCAGAGAAUUACCAGAGCUUUGACAGCACUAGAACAUCUCAUUGCCAAUGUAGACAAUGACUGCCUCCUUGCAAGCUAA